CACACCUUGGACAACCAGUACUGGCUUCUGCUCUUCUCCCAGCCCUACUCCAUCCACACGGUCUUCCUGUACCGCCAGACUAACACCAGAGGCUACAGGUUCAUGGACAGGUUUGUCCUGGAGUUCAUGAACGAGAACAACCAGGUGGUCAACACCUUCACGGACAGGGGUCAGAACAACAACAGAGACGUGGUGGAGGUCAACUACCCCGGCCCCACCCCGUCCCUGACCCUGCGGGUCGCCCUGACCACCCAGCGAAACCAGGCCCAGCAGCAUAUUGAGUUGUGUGAGGUGGAGGCUUUUGGGGACUGCGUGGCGCCCUACUACGGGCUGGAGUGCCAGAAGCUGUGCAGCAGGGCGUGUCUGAACCAGGUGUGCCACACCACGGGCCAGUGCAUCAAGUGUGCUGAUGGCGGCACCACUUGCAACGAGAAUGUGACGCCCAAAAACAUCUUGGUGCCCCCGACCCAGGUCCCGAGGAGGGAGAGAAAACACGAGGCCGAGUCUCAAGCUCUGGUCAUCGUCUUCUUCCUGCUGACUCUCUCCGUCUCCAUCUUCUGCUUCUUCAUCUACCUCGUCAUGCGCAACAGGAAAGCUUUGAUCUGUUCGAAAGGGACAAAUGUUGAGGCUUCCGAAAGUCACAUGCAACCAAUCAUUCCAGUGACAGCAGUCAGCCAGAGACCAGCCUCUGACAUCAGUAGCAUCUACUCGGAGGCCAAGACCGAGUCCUCGGUGUAAACAAGUACUUGGUGCCCAGGUGUUCUAGAACUGACCGCUGGCUGCCCAGGUGUUCUAGAACUGACCGCUGGCUGCCCAGGUGUUCUAGAACUGACCGCUGGCUGCCCAGGUGUUCUAUCUGACCGCUGGCUGCCCAGGUGCUCUAGAACUGACCGCUGACUGCCCAGG